AUGGAGCAGUUUUUAGCAGAACCAGCAGUCAAAGAGGGCGACAUCCAAGCACUGAGAGCCUUCAUCAUAGGCAAAGCGGACAGACUACGCGAGUUGGCUGUCAGCUAUGACGGUCACACGCUGCUACACACCGCUUGUUUUAUCGGCCAUUUGAAUUUAGUUGAAGCGCUCCUGGGGUCGAUCCCAGAAUUCGCGCGAAAAAAAAGCGUGGAUGAUUUAUAUCCGCUGCACAUCGCCGCAGCUCAAGGUCAUGUUGAGAUCGCAAAGGAGCUCGUCGAAGGGCGUAAAGACCUGUGCUUGUUGAAAGGACCGGACGAUAGAAUCCCUCUGCAUUAUGCCAUCGAUAAUGGUAAGGUUAAAGUCAUGGGGGAACUGCUCUCCGUUUCACCUGAAUCCGUCCAAGAGACAAGGGCCCGAAAGGAGACAGGGCUUCACCUCAUAGUGAAUAACAAACCAGUGAUUAAAUUCAUGCUUGAGGAGCAUGCCCUGCGGCGUGUGGUCGUGGACGUGAAUGCCCAUGACAACUGUGGUAGGACGCCUCCAGAUUUCUUGGGAAGGGAAGCAGUAGAUAGAGAUAUCAGAGGAAUCCUCAAUGCAGUUGGAGCCAAACACGGAGCAGUAAGACAUUCAUCACUAGUCUUGGAGGGAGAGUCAAGGGCUGAUAUAUGCAACGCCCUGCUGGUCGUCGCCGGGCUCAUUGCGAGCGCAACCUAUCAAUCCAUGCUUCAGCCUCCACACUUUAAAACAGAAGUUGACAAAACUCAUACAGAAGGCUUCCGCGCAUCCUACGCAUCUUAUAUGACUGGUUUUUUCGGCAGGGACUUAGCGUACACUGUCUUCAUAACCGGCAACACAUUUGGACUCUUGGUGUCACUGUAG